GACACUUCCGUCGUAUGCUAUUUCGACACAUGUCUGUUUAAUAGUAUUUCAGUGAUAAAUUCUGCAAAAUGACCGAUUACGCGGAAGAACAAGAGAAUGAAUUGUUAGCUUUGGAGUCUAUGUAUCCCGAUGAGUUGACAAUCCUUCACCCGCAUCCCACUGCAAAUUACAAAAUUAGUUUAGUUUCACAAGCCAUUCUGCGAUCAGAAGAAGAACCUAUAAAAUUUGAUCUAGUUGUAAAAUACACUGAAAAAUAUCCUGAUGAAAUGCCAAUCCUUGAAAUUGCAAACGACGAAAAUCUUUCAGAAGAUAGAAUAAAAGAGUUGCUCACUGUAUGCGAAGAACAGGGAAAUUGUAACUUAGGGAUGCCUUUCGUGUUCCCGAUUAUUUCAGCACUUCAAGAUCGUAUUGAAGAAAUCGUAGAAAGAAUAAAUGAAAUAGAAAUUUUAGAGGAAGAAAAAGAAACUAGAGAAAGAGAAGAAGCUGCAGAGAAAAUACUAGUUGGUACCCCGGUAACCAUUGAAACCUUCCUGAAAUGGAAAGAAAAGUUUGACGCCGAACUGUACGAAAAGAGGAGGAUAGAGGAAAUGGAAAAAGAAAGGCUCAGUACAAAACAAACAGGUAUCAAAAAAUCCUUUGUGAUAUAUCCUAUUCAUAUCAUCCUGUCAUUAAUUUUUUACUAAACGACCUUAACGCCUAAUUUAUUCAAAGAGAGACGUAAAUGAUCUUUACUAUUCAAAAAUCUUCUUUGAGUUUCCUUUUAAAAAAAACUACUGUGAUGUUGAUUAAGAUAUUGAGUCUUACGGAUAGCUAAAAUGAUAGAUUGACUUUGACGCUGCUCCUUUUCAUUUUCAAAAUUAAAAACUCUCUCUUCCUUGCAUCAUUUAGUCUCUUUAAUAACAUAAAUUACCUAAACCUAUGAAUCCUUUGUAGAAUAUUUAAAUUAGGCCAAAAAGCUCCAUUUUCCUGACAGAUUUUAACAGUGUUGUUUAUCUGGAGGUGUAUGGGGUGUAUACAGUAUAUUAUUUGAAGAAGAAACUUGAUCAAUGUACCGAAAUAUCUAAUUUUAAUUUUUUUCAUAAUUGUAUAUGGCUCCAUGAAGGUCAAACUAUUAAUAUAUUAAUUAUUAGUAUGAGAUGGAAAUUUUUUUUUACCGCCUCUUUCUUGGUAAUAGAUGAUUAUAAUCAAGCAAAUACGGAUAGGUUAUCAAAUAAAAUGAGUGUACUCGUAUGAGUUGUAAAAAGAUAUUGAUAGCUGGAAAAAGCGAUACGGAAUUAAUUUACACUUGUCAAUACUAAUUAUGAUUUUUAUUGAUUACUAUAUAAUAUUAUUUAUGUCCAUUUUUUAAGAACUAACCACAUUUUUCUUAUUUUACCUCUUCCGGCAAAUAGGUGUACAAUACUUUCAAGCAAAUAAGGAUGAAAGUGAAAAUUUGGAUGAAGUUUUAGAAGGUGAAGAACCAGGUAUUGCUGUUGAUGAAAGUUUAUUCGAAAAUAUGGAUAAUCUAGGACUUGAAGAAUUAUCUGAUGAAGAAAGUUAACGACUACUCUUAGAUUGUUAACUAUUAUAAUUAGGACUAAAUAUUUAUACUUUCAAAGUAAACAAGUUCGAAAUAAAGGUUUUACUUUAAAAAAUUAUAAAUACUUUAUAUCCUGUAUAUAUAGAUAAUAUGAUAAUAUACAUGUUAUAUAUAUGUAUAUAAAGAUAUAUAUAUAUAUCUUGUUCAUUUUUUUUUCUAUCUUAUAAGAUGAAAUCCAUGAGAUUGGUAAAAUUUCUGUUGUCCAAGAAAUAAGAAGAGAACAUCCUAUUAACUACAUUAAAAAUAUUACUUUAAAUAUACUUAACAAACAGUUUAGUGAAAAUAAUUUUAUUCUACCUCAAUGAGACAAAUAAACAGCACUUAUAUAAAAAUACAACUUUGAUUGAUGAAGGAAAAUACUGUAUAUGGUAGAAGGGAGGUAAUUUUAUCCAUUUAAUGAUGUCUUCGCACUUGUUGGACAACAUACUGCGUAUUCAAAUACUAGUCUAGUCUUUA